CAGCACUAGCGCUAGCAACACUAGCGGUAGCAGCAGUAGCAGCAGCAACACUCACUGUAGCAGCACUAGCAAUAGCGGCACUUACAGUAGCACUAGCAGCAGCAGCACUUGCAGUAGCAGCACUAACGCUAGCAGCACUAGCACUAGCCCCCAUGGCCUCGGCAGCUCUGGAGCUGAUGGGCUUCUUCCUGGGCCUCCUGGGUAUGGUGGGCACACUGGUGGCCACCGUCCUGCCGUACUGGAGGACCUCGGCCUUCAUCGGCUCCAACAUCGUGACGGCGGUGACCAACAUGAAGGGCCUGUGGAUGGAGUGUGUGUACCAGAGCACCGGGACCUUCCAGUGCGAGACCUACAGCUCCAUGCUGGCGCUGUCGGCGGACCUGCAGGCGUCCCGUGCCAUGAUGGUGGUGUCGGGCGUGCUGUCGGUGCUGGGCUGCGCCGCCGCCACCCUGGGCAUGCAGUGCACCCUGUGCCUGGACGGCACCGCGGCCAAGGCCAAGGUGGCGGGCGCCGGGGGCUGCCUCUUCCUGGCGGCCGGCCUCUUCUGCCUGAUCCCCGUCUCCUGGACCACCCACGAGGUGGUGCAGACCUUCUACCAGCCCAACCUGCCCGCCAGCUACAAGCACGAGCUGGGGGAGUGCCUGUUCGUGGGCCUGGCCUCCGCCCUCAUGUCCAUGCUGGGCGGGGGGGUGCUGUGCGCCUCCUGCUGCGAGGCCCAGGACGGGCGGAGGGGGGGCGUCAGGAGGCACGGCGGGGGGUACCCGUACCCUGAGCGCGCCGCCUCGUUCCCCAGGCCGCCCCCCCACCCCAUGACCUACCGCAACCCCACCCUGCAGACGGGGGUCAGCGGCACCACCAAGAGCCAGACGCAGAACCUGAGCCACGUCAGCACCAGCAGCCAAUCCAGCGCCCGCAUCCAGCCGUCCAAGAAAUCGCCUCGCCACACCGCCGCAGCCGGCUAUGAUGUCACAGGCUACGUCUGAUGAUGUCACCCUCACUCAACUCGCACUCUGUUUUGAUCUUUGGUACCCUGUUGUUGUUGGAGUUUUUUUCAGUACCAGGAAGAGUCCCUAUUUUUUAAGCCGUGGUCCCACCACAACAUCAUAAGUAAGCUUGAGCAAAAUGAGCUUUGCCAAGAGACUACAGACUCGUGUGAGAUGAGACCUGUGUUGGCUGUGGAUGGCUUCAGACAGAGUGACCACACAAAACCCAUAUACAAUAUUUCACCGACUUCAGUGAGCUGUACAUUAUAUAAGUGACAGUGUAUAAGUCCACAGAACAAACUAAAUCACAGAUUCAUUAACUCACUCAGGCUGUGUGUUUCCGUACAACGAUAAGGCUUAUAGUUCACUGGCUUUACUGUGACAGGAUGACCGUGAAUCUGUUCAUGCAGACGGACAGGUCAGUGUUAAAGAACAUAAACAUGAACACGCAGUGAAAGUUUAUUUAGGGCACCGGUUGGACUCCAGUCCGUGUGAGUAUAAUGGCUUAUAUGUGCUUCCUGUAGUGAAACAACAACGAGUGUACUCCCUGAAAUGUAAGCCAUUAUUCUGUAAGUUCUUGUUUUACCUGUUUUUUAUGAAUGAUUACUUACGCGCACCUGUAAUUCCUGUAUGGGUCAUUAUAUCUGACAUUAAUUCAAAUCGGUUUGUUUUUUUAUGAGAAAAACGAAUGACUGGAAUUCUAAGACGAAGGAAUGUUAAACUGUUUUCUUUUCUACUGUAAUUCAGAAACAGAUACAAUGGUGCUGAAACUACCCUGAUUAAAGAUUCAUGUCUGGCUUGAGAAGCA